AUGUCGACGGUUAUCUAUGUGUUUUCUCCUGAUACUAAUGCGGUCAAAGGCCCCCAUGCUCCUGAUACUCCCAUUUCCAUUCAAGAAAACAACAUUGCAUUCUUUGAUAUUAUCUCAAAUCAGUACAAGAAGUUAGGGGUUGAAGAAUUCAUCAACUACGUCAAAAUUUACCCUCUUCGCUAUUCAUUCUCUCCGGGAAAUGAUCAACCACAUCCUCCUCCACCUAGGAAUAAUCCACACCCAUCACCAUCUUGCAAUAAUCAGCCACCUCUACUAGUGCCUAGAAAUAACCCUCCUCAACCUCCAAUGAAUCCUCUUCCUCGCACUCCCUCACCACCCCAUGACACUCCUCCCCAAAAUGAUGAUGCCAAAGAUGGGGAGAAUAGAAAAGAACCGGUGAUGGAGAAUGUAACUCCAUUACAACUUGAUCUAUCUGAAGAAUGA